AUGGAAAGCGUAUCGAGUCUAACACCCGAAGAAAUCGCCUACUACCAGGCCCAUGCGGAUGAUAAUCGCCAAUCGAGCAAGACAGCUGCCGACAUUGUUGGGAUCGUGCUCACUCUUGUAGCGGUGGGGGCACGAUUGUUGGCGCGAAUCCGCUCGGGGGCUCGAUUGAGCUGGGACGAUUAUCUUAUUUUUCUCGCUCUGAUGGGCCAACUGUCGUAUGCCAUCUUGUUAUUCCUGUCCAAUGCAAACGGCGAUGGCCGGCACAUGAUCUUUGUUAAAGACCAGAAGCGCUUUGUACAGGAAAGUGCCGCAAAUGCGAUCGUGUACGCGAUCACCGUCAUGGCCACCAAGAUAUCCAUCUUAUUUCUGUAUCGUCGUAUCUUCCCCACGAGAUCGCUCUUGCUGGGCGCCUAUUUCGUGGGCGCAACCGUCAUCGCAUACAACGUUGCUUUGGCAUUCGUCGCUGCCUUCCAGUGCGUGCCUUUUUCGUCGAUGUGGACUGGGGAGCCUGGGAAAUGUAUCGGUAUCUCCGUGCCGUUUACGAUCUUUGCCGUUGUAAACGUGGUCACGGACUUUGCCAUCUUGGCACUCCCCGUCAAACCCGUAUUGGAGCUGCACAUGCGAAGGAACCGCAAAAUCCAAGUGUUGACCAUCUUCCUCCUAGGCGGGAUGACUAGCGUCUGUAUCUUCGGCAUAAUCCGUGUAGUCACAAUAGCCACCAUGAAUCCAGUUGAUACCAGCUACAACGCCGUCUUCUUCAGUAUCUGGUCCUAUAUGGAAGUUUCCGUCGGAAUCCUAGCAGCUUGCCUUCCUACCUUUGGUCCCCUUUUCACGCACCGCCGGAAAGAUCCAUUCCGGACUGAGACUCACAGUUCGUCGAGUUCAAGCCGACUGUGGAAGCUGAUCAGCACACGGUCACGAGAAACGCAGCAGAGUGACACGUUGAACACAGGGAACUCGGAUUUGAGUGACUCCUGGCCGGAGGCCGGAACCGUGCACAGAAGCACUAUACAACUGGAUAGUCUUUGUGAGGGUAGGAAGAAGGAACAGGAACAGGUACCUCGGUCGCCGAGUAUUAUGGUACAGAAAGAUAUGCAUCAAAGCGUGAAGUUUGUUUAG